AAACUUAAGAGUCUUAGAGAUAUCUUUUUUUUGGGUACUUAGAGAAGAAAAAAAAACCUUACGAAGAGAAAGUUUAGUUGGAAAUUUGAUAUGUACAUGAAGUGAAUUUUUGUGGGUGAUCUUUGAAGUGAAGAGAGAAAAAGGUACAAAAAUGGGGGAAGUUGUGAUGUGUAGUGAAGGAGAAGUAGAAAUAAUGGAGGUUGAGAAGAAAGAAGGUUCAACUUCAAUGGGGAAAUGGGAAAAUUUUCUACCAAAAAUGGGUUUGAGAAUAUUGUUGGUUGAAGAUGAUGAUUCAACUAGACAAAUUAUUUGUGCUCUUCUUAGGAAAUGCAAUUAUAAAGUUGCUGCUGUUGCUGAUGGUCUAAAGGCUUGGGAGGUAUUGAAGGCUAGACCUCAUAACAUAGAUCUCAUUUUGACAGAAGCUGAUUUGCCUUCGGUAUCCGGUUAUGCUCUGCUGACCUUGAUUAUGGAACAUGAAGUCUGCAAGAACAUCCCAGUUAUAAUGAUGUCCACCCACGACUCGAUUAGCAUGGUCUAUAACUGCAUGUUGAGAGGAGCGGCCGACUUUCUUGUUAAGCCUAUAAGGAUAAACGAGCUGAAAAACUUAUGGCAGCAUGUCUGGAGACGACAAUCUCAGUUGAGUAGAGGAGGACUUGGCCCACAGGAUGAGAGCGUUGGUCAAGAAAAGCUCGAAGCCACAGCUGAAAACAACGCUACAAGUGAUAACUCAAGCAGCUCCAAAACUCGCGCUCCAAGGCAAGAGCUAUGUACCAAAAAAGGAAGUGAUGCACAGAGCUCUUGUGGAAAAUUAGAUAUGGGAACUGAGAGCGCAUACAUGUCUGAAGUCGAAGCUUGUUCACAGUCAAAGCAGAGAAUUUCUCCUGUUUCACUACAAGAACAGGGCAAUUUUGGCAAUUCAAGACAUAAUUUACCUACUCCCGAUAGUGUUGCUGCAGGAUCAGAUACUGCUGCCUGCAACAUUAACAAUGCAAUCGCUCAAGAACAUAAUGCAGAACGACAAAUUCAUGAGGUAAAUGUGAAUGUCUGCACAGAAGCUAAUGACAACAGGGAUGCUCUCCCUAGCUAUGCAAGAGAAGCCAUUGAUUUGAUAGGAGCUCUAGAUAGCCGCUCUAGACACCACCACAUGUGCUCAAAUGAUGAAGGAAAUAGAUUCGAGCCCUCUCAACAACUGGAUCUCACUUUGAGGAGAUUUCUUCCCGGUGUUCUUGAAAAUAAGACUAGCAAUGAAAAUCAAACGCUGAAUCAUUCCAACGCAUCACCUUUCACACGGUAUGUCAACAAAGCAUCACAUCCGUCAAAUUGGAAUCCAACUUCUGUUUCUGCUCCUAAAGACUACAAUGCCAAUUCUGAUGAUCUUAAUAAUAAGAUUAUAUCCUUCCCAACGGAUCUCACAAAAGAAGUCGAAGAUGAGUACAGAAAUGCUUCACAAAAACUGUUUCCUGUCCCACUUCCAGUCAGAGGGGUACGAGUAGAAGUCUGCACACCAUUAACUUCACCUAGUCCAACUUCUGCCAACCAGCAAAUCAAUUCUUACCAUCAGUUAAACAUUGAUAUGAUGAACAGCAGACACCAUUAUCACCACCUCGAUCAAAGUCCAAAGAUAUCCUCCAAUCUUCAAAAGAUGGAAUUUUUGGAGGAGCGAGCUCACUUCUCUUCUGCUGAUCAUCAAAGUGCCAGCAGCUCUUUACAAAAUGACACAUCAGGAGCAGGUUAUUUAAAUGGUGGUGGAUCCGAGGAAGGGAAUGAUCAAAGUCAUGAUUUGAAACGCCAAAGGUCUUUACAAAGAGAAGCCGCCCUUAAUAAGUUCCGCUUGAAGAGAAAGGAAAGAUGCUACGAGAAGAAGGUUCGAUAUGAAAGUAGGAAAAAGCUUGCAGAGCAGAGGCCUCGAGUAAAAGGGCAAUUUGUACGUCAAGUACCUCCAGAUCCUCCACCACAGAAAUCUGACCAUUCUGGUGGUAGUUCAGUUGCCAAUUAGCCAGAGAUGCCACAUUGUGUGGCUUUGAUGUAUAGAACAUAUAGAUAGGUGGUAGAGUGGUAGUAUGAGAUUUUUUAUCAUCAAUUCAUAUACAUGUAGAGUGUAGAUCAGUAGAGUGUAGAUGUAAUGACAUAUUGACAUGCUUGUUUUGGUUCUGGAUUUUUACAGAAAACACGGUGUGACUUGAGGUCACGUUUUAUACAGGUGAUAAAACAUCAAUCUUUUCAUUGAAA